AUGGCCGAAGAACACCGAUGCCAAGCUCCCGAGGGUCACAGACUCUGCGCCAACAACUGCGGCUUCUUCGGCAGCCCCGCCACCAUGAAUCUCUGUUCUAAAUGCUACAGAGACAUCCGACUCAAGGAAGAAGAACAAGCCAAAACCAAAUCCACCAUCGAAACUGCUCUGUCUUCAUCCUCCGCCGCAGCAACAGCAACCGUCGCCUCCGUCACCGCUGUGGUUUCCUCGCCUGCGCCGGUUGAAUCCCUCCCUCAACCGGCGGUCGUGACCGCGCCGGACGCGUGCGCACCGCUUCAGGCGAAUCGGUGUGGCGCGUGUCGGAAGCGCGUGGGGUUGACCGGGUUCAAGUGCCGGUGUGGCAUCACGUUCUGUGGGACCCACAGGUACCCCGAGAAACACGCCUGUGGCUUCGAUUUCAAGGCGGUUGGGAGAGAGGAGAUAGCUCGGGCGAAUCCGGUGAUCAAAGGGGAGAAGCUACGGAGGAUUUAAUCUGCGCCGUUGAUUGGAUGAUGUGAUUUGAUUGAGUUGAUCAGGACCGUCCGUGGUGGACUGAUGAUAGGGGAUGAGCGUGUGUAAAAAAUAUAUCUAUUAUUAUGACGACAUUGGAAGGGUUGAAUAAGUCAUGUUUGGUGGCUUUGCUUUUGUGUUCAUUAAAAAUGGAAAUUGCUAGGUCCACCCACGUUCGGAAUUUGAGGUCCCAUUUGAAAUUGAAAUGUAAAAAACUAGUAGCACUGUAGUUUAAUAUUUUUUCUGCGCCAAA